UUAAGAAAUGAAUAAGCUUAAAAUAUGUCUUGAACAUGAGCUGCUAUCAAAGUUUGACUCAGCAGCUCCUAAACCGACUACGUGAACUUGAAAUUAGGUCACUGUCGCUUCGUUUGGAGAGGCGUCCCCGUCGUCUGAAUGGAGAGUCACUGCUUUUACGCAGCAGCAGAUGUGCUGCAGCAGUUCUCCUCUCCUCCGCUCUCCUCUCCACUCCUCAAGUUUGCAGCUCACGGGGAGAAUCGCGGAUCUGAUCCAGCUCUACUCGGCAACUGGAAGAUCAAACAAGAGGAAUCCGGUUUUGCCCAAACAUCACCGAUUGGAUCAAUGAUGGACAUGUCCAGUGGGCUCAAAGGUCGACAUGAGAAAGUCACGUUCCUCGUCCUGUAUCUCCAGCUGUGGUCCAGCCCAAUGGGAAAAGCAAUCCAUCCGGAUUGCGCCAUCAUCUCCCAGCACCUGAGGGCUCGAGAGGUUUGCAGUCAGAGGAGGAGGAUCGAGGUGCAAAACCAAAGCGACCACAGCGGAUGUAGGACGGAGUGGGAUGAGAUCGGAUGCUGGUUGAGAGCUGAAGUGGGGCAGGUGGUGAAUCUGUCCUGUUCUGAAGUCUUCCAGCAUUUCUCCAGCAAUCAAGGCUAUGUGUUCAGGAACUGUAACGUGGAGGGAUGGUCUGAAAUGUAUCCGCCUUAUGAGGAGGCGUGUGAUUUUAGUGACGAUAAUGAGUCGGAAUCUGAGACGAGUUACCUCUACACCUUCAGACAGGUGUACACUGUCGGCUACGCCACCUCGCUCAUCUCCCUCAUCACAGCCAUCGUGGUGUUUGCAGCCUUCAGGAAGUUCCACUGCACCAGAAACUACAUCCACAUCAACCUUUUCUCUUCGUUUGUCCUGAGAGCCAGCGCCGUGUUCGUUAAGGACGCCGUGUUGUUUGCAGAUGAGACUUUGGACCACUGCUCCAUUUCCACGACCGCCUGCAAGUCGGCCGUGGCGUUCUUCCAGUUCAGUAUUCUCGCCAACUACUUCUGGCUGCUGGUGGAGGGCAUGUAUCUGCAGACCCUGCUGGCGCUCACUUUCGUCUCGCAGAGGAAAUACUUUUGGUGGUACAUCCUGAUAGGCUGGGGACUCCCAUCAGUGGUUCUCAUUCUUUGGGUUCUGACCAGAUUCUUCAACGAUGACAGGGGUUGCUGGGACGACACGGACAACGUCGGCAUAUGGUGGAUCAUUAAGGGGCCAAUCACAGCCUCCCUGCUGGUCAACAUUUUCAUCUUCAUCAACGUCAUCCGGAUUCUGGUUCAGAAGCUGAAAUCUUCUGCCAUGGCUGGAAACAAUGACACAGGACAUUUCAUGAGGCUGGCUAAAUCCACGCUGUUCCUCAUUCCUCUGUUUGGGAUGCACUACACCGUGUUUGCGUUUCUGCCUGAGAACACCGGAGUAGCAGCCAGACUCUACAUCGAGCUGGGGCUGGGAUCCUUCCAGGGGUUUGUGGUGGCGCUCCUUUAUUGUUUCAUGAAUGCAGAGGUCCAGACGGAGCUGCGGAAGUGGCUGUGGAAGUGUCACAGUCCAAACCAUCUCAAUCCAGCAAAGAGAAGCAUCACUCAGAUCACAAUCCGAACCCGUGGAGAGUUUGGACUUCCUCCCUCCAGUGCCAACAUCUCCUCUGUAUGACUUCAGGCAGAGAAAUUAUUUAUGAAUGUAAAAAAAAAAAAAAAAAAGGACCAUAACAAUCUUUACAGUGAACACAACGAAAGCGUUUCCUGUCAGAAAGAACACGCGACCACAAUGAGCCUGCGUGGGAUCAUGGACAGACGUCAGGAUACUUUAUCUCCAUGUCGGCAGCAGAUGCAACGCAGUUCAGCGAGAACACGGCGCCAAUUCCAGAACCGGACAGGACGCUCUCCUAUGUAUCUGUUGUAGUUGAUCUGUGCAGACAGGUUGGUGCCAUGCAGCACCACAAAGAGGCUCUUGUCCUCUUUCUGUCUGCAGCAAAGAUGAUCAACGGAUCAAUCUGUGUCUAAAUAUGUCUGACCAUUCAGUAUUUCUGUGUGUAGUAGCCAUGAUUGUCCAAAGUUUGUCUUCAAAGACGGUCUAGACCGUCCUCGUGAACAUUCAUUUGGCAUGUCUGCCUAAUUUCUGACUCGUCAUAGUUGUGUAAUCUCAUAAAAGUCAGAAAAGUAAUAAUGUAGACAGGGAAAAGUGGAACCUCUGUACCAGAGGGAACAAUCCUGUAAAACUGGCUUUCUAUCAAAUGUUCUGGUCCAGAGUAAUGCAGUCUACCUUUAUGGUGAAAAACUCUGUUAUCCAGGGAGUACACCUGCUUUACUAAAUACUACAUAAAAACACAUUUAUUGUGCUAGUUUACCCCGUUUAAAGGGCCCAAAAUCAUUAGAAGAUAAAUUGCUGCCUUAAGAAGGUCCAUAUUUGGUGAUACUGAAAAAAGAAAUGUCUGUCUUGCCAACUUUGAAGCAUGGCAACAGAAGUAUGAUGGUUUGGUAUGUGUAUGCAGCGAAAGCAUUGAUUAAGUCUCCAAAUGUCCUUCUUACCACUGUGAGGCGGUGCCAUCAAUAAAACCCUCCAUCAGA